GCUUCUUUUACCCACCAAAUCCACCAAAUCUCGUGCGAGAAAUUCUGCAAUGGCGUCGGUAGCGUCCGAAGUCGAUCCCGCCGACGAGCCCCACAUCGUCGUUGUUGGGGAGUCGUCCAGCGCCGGAGGCAGCCGAGAGGAGGCGCCCCCGGAGGCUGCGGCGGUAGAAGCGGUGGUCGAGACAGAGCCGGCGGAUGGGGAGGAAAAAGGGGAGUGCGGGUUCUGCCUGUACAUGAAAGCCGGAGGUUGCAAGGAGGCGUUCGUGUCGUGGGAGGAGUGCGUGCAGGCGGCGGAGAAGGAGGGCUCCGACAUGGUCGAGCGCUGCUUCCAAGCCACCACCAACCUCAAGAAGUGCAUGGACGCCCACGCCGACUACUACGCCCCCGUGCUACAGGCUGAGCGGACCGUCUCCGAUCAAGCCGAAGCCGCCAUUGGUGCUGCCACCGCCGAUACAAACAAGAACAGUGAGGAAUCCGCUCCCUCCCCGGACACUGAUUGGGUAGUGGUUGAGCAGGCUACUUCCUCCACGGCUGCCGAGGGGGUGAAGAAGGAAGAAGCAAUCGUCGACAAGGCACAGACCUUGUCUUUGGGUAAUUAAUAAUUGGUGGUUUAGAUUUUUGAGCUCGUGGUAACCUUUUGUUCAGUACGAGUUAUGAUCUGAUUGAGGCGCAUGAGGCUAGUUUUUAUCCAGGCUGUUCUUCCAAUAAUUGUUGGACAUGUACGCAAUUUACUGAAGAAUUUCUGGAUGCUUUUAUAUGAUAGGUUACAUACUCA